UGGAAGGAGUGAUGCAGAAAUGGAUCGGGAGAAGUCAAAGCGGUUUUUGAUUCACCUGGUAAAUCAGAUUCAAUUGUGUGGUGUUAGAAUUUUUUUGUAAAUAUCUCAGAAACUAAGGCUGUUCGCCUAUAAUUAAUACAGAAAAUUCAAGUAUGCCUCCGAAAAAAAGUCUUAAUACUUCAAAAACAAACAAAUCGAAAAGUGUAGAAAAUAACAGUGGAAAAGUAGAAAGAAAAGCAGGAAAUGCUGUAAAGGUUAGACACAUACUAUGUGAGAAACAAUCAAAAAUUUUAGAAGCUUUGGCAAAAUUAAAAGUUGGAGGAAAAUUUAAUGAAAUUGCUGCUACAUAUAGUGAAGAUAAAGCAAGAUCUGGGGGUGACCUAGGAUGGAUGACUAAAGGAUCGAUGAUUGGUCCAUUUCAAGAAGCUGCAUUUGCAUUGCCUAUUUCUUCUAUUACUUCUCCAAUUUAUACAGACCCCCCAAUUAAAACAAAAUUUGGUUAUCAUAUUAUAAUGGUAGAAGAUAAAAAGUAA